CGUCAGUCUACCACUGCUCGCAGAUGGGGAAGGUUGUCAGUGUUUCUCUUCGUCUGCUGUUUUUCUCUGGAAGGAAACUUGAGUGAUAUGUUUUUUUUCUUUUUUCGUGGUAAUUUAUUAUAUCGCAAAAUAUCCAAUUAAAACUUCUACUUGUUUGUGUUUCAUGACGUGAUUCAUGACUGAGGGACGAGUUUUAGAAAUGUGCAACGAAGAACAUUUCCUUCAUGUUUAACGACUGAACCAUCUUGCACUCUACACUUCACUCUCCGGGACCUGACGCGAGGUUGGGCUAACACCGAGCUUCUCUAUGCUUCAAACCGAUCUUGACGCACUACUCCAGUGCUCGGUGUGAGGAGUGCGUCACUCGCCAGUCUGGUGCUGCCGUAGAGUACCUGUUUCGCCGCAGGAAUGUGGUACAAGAGCAGCACGGGCGCAGCUUGGUCCAGUAUGGCCAUGGCGGCGAGCCUUGUCCUUUUGGCUCAUGGCGGCUCAGGAGGAAACUAUUUCGCACCUGUCUCCAAAGAUGACGACCGCUGGGGAACGUUAGUGGCGGUGACGGCGGUGCGAGGCUCCACGGCCAAGCUUCCUUGUCGCAUCAGCUCCGACAACCCCUCCGAGCCCGUGCUGCUCGUCCUCUGGUACAAGAAUGCCUCCGUCACCCCUGUCUACAGCUACGAUUCCCGUGGCUUGGACGGGAGGCCUAGCAGUGCAGGACGCCCACACCAAUGGGGGGACGAGGAAGCCUGGGGAGUGGAGCAGCGGGCCUGGUUCGACACCUCGCUCACCCCUGCUCAUCUGCUGGUGAGGGACGUUCGGGGCCAGGACGAGGGCAAGUACACUUGUAAGGUGCACUUCCGAGCCUCGCCGUCCUGGACCCAGCGAGUCACACUCACCGUCAGUGACCCGCCCGGCUUUCCGAGGAUCCAAGACGGUUCUGGCCAUCGCCUAGAGGGUCCCAUCGGGCCUUAUGGGGAUGGCACCGUCGUCAGGAUGAUGUGUCUCAGUUCUGGGGAGCCGCCCCCUGGGCUGGUGUGGGGCGGCAGUGGGGUGGAGCUGGGCAAGACCACUAAGGAGGAGAGGGUGGGUCUUGUGGCCAGGACUUGGUUUACGAUACUGGCCUCCCGAGCUACGGCUGACACCACCAUCACCUGCUCUACCACCAACGCCUCCGUCUCCUCGGGCAUCAUGAACACAGUCUCCACCACGCUGAAGGUCAACCUGGCACCACUCACAGUACAGCUGGAGGCCCCUGGUGAGUGGGUGAGUGCCGGCCAGCAGACAUCCUUCAGGUGCCGCGUGGUGGGCUCCUCGCCGCCACCAGUCGUGCAGUGGUGGUUGGGCGGCCGCCGCCUUACUGCGAAUGCGCCGUUGACUUCAGUGGGCGGGAACGUGAGCGUGAGCACGGUGAGGUUGACGCCACAGCCUGGCGAUCACAAGGUGCCGCUGGUGUGCAAGGCAUACAGCCCCAACCUGGCUGGCAGCGUCCUCCAGGAUCAGCUUAUCCUCGCCGUCCACUUCGUUCCUGUCGCCACGGUGAGUGUGCAUGGUGGUGGGUCCGAGGCAGCUACCGUGCGAGAGGGCAGCACCGUCACCUUCACCUGUCACCUGCAGGCCAAUCCUUCCGUGUACAACAUCACCUGGUUCCAUAACGGGCGCGCGUUGCGGGGGUGGACAUGGGGAGUGGAGGUGAACAACGCCACCCUGCGGUUACUCAACGUGACGGCGGCCAUGAGAGGACUGUACACCUGCGUCGGCAGCAACCCGGAGGGUGACGGCCAGAGCAACGCACUCAACCUGAACGUGGAGUUCACGCCGGUGUGUGCAGUGCAGCAGCGUCGGCACUACUUAGUGGCGCCGGGCGGGGCCGUCACUGUAUCCUGCCAGGUAGAUGCUUACCCGACAAGCCUCACCUUCACCUGGGCCCUAAAGAACGACUCAGAGAGGUCGCCAAUACAGCUGCAUAGUGUGGGGCGCGAGGAGGGGCUGACGGGUCACUACACCUUGAGAGGAGUGAACCAGAAAAGUGUGGAGGUUUUGUGUUCGGCUCAGAAUGACGUCGGUACCCAAAUCACGCCAUGCAAAAUGACCGUUUACACUGAAGGUCGGCCGGGUCCGGUGAGGAACUGCAGCGUCAACAGCCACACAGCGUCUGGAUACCGGGUGAUAUGUGAGGCUGGGCUGCCGCGGGGUACCAACACUCAAUACACCCUUCUGGUAUACACCCAGAAAGGCAGUGAAGAAAGAAGCAACAGUGUUAGUGGUGACAACAACAAUGAUGACCUAGGCAACGGCAGGGGAGGCCAUGCCAGUGUGUCGCCCAUUUUGGAUAAGCUGCUGCGCAACCUGACUUCCUCCUCACCCGUCUUCCUUGUGAGCGGUUUGCGGGCAGGGCGGGAGUUCGUGUUGGUGGUGCGGGCGGCUGGCGACGAAGGAGUGAGUCCACCCGUCGUGCUCACAGCCUUCACGCUCACCGAUAAUGCUCAGACAGUCAUUGGAUUGCCCACUGGUGGAGGACACACCAGCGGUAAUAGCAUAAGCAGUAUCAACACCUUGAGCAGCAGCAGCAGCAGCAGUAGCAGCAGCAGGAGUAAAGGCAGCAGUGGUGGUGGGGAGGACGAGUGGGCGGCGACGGGGAGCGAGGGAGGAGUGGAAGCAAUGGCCAGCUGGAUCCUAGGACUGGUGCCGCCCCUGGUGAUGGUGCUGGGAACGUCCCUCAUCGCCCUCCUCCUCAUCGCCCUCAUUCUCGUCCUCCUGGUGAUGAAGUUCAGCGCAAGAUCAAGGCAGCAGAGCCAGGAACAUAGCAAGCGGAGCGGUGAGGUUACACCAGAGGACAACACUGCCGCCCCGCAACCAGCAGGAUCGAACCUUGGGGGCGAUGAGACGAGCGAGUCCUUGGCGGAGGGUGGCAGUGUCGGUGAUGGAGAAGGAGGCGUGGCUGAGGUGACAACAACAGUAGCUGGCGACACCAGGGAAGUGGGGAAUGGCAGCGAGGCAGAGAUUGAAGGAGAGAGGAUGACCCAAGCCGUCCCAGCUGAAGGUCAUUUAUUAGCGGCAGCCCACGAGGGAUCCCUGCAAGGGGCAUGCGAUUCACAGGGAGGAACGUCUACUUGGUUGUCUGGAAGCAUCGCUACCAUGCCACGACUGGCAGUGCGCUGGGCGGGCGUAGAUCCAUCCGCGCGCGGCUUUGUACGAGGCUUACGGUCCAUCGAUACCUCUGUGGGCACCUCUACCUCCAGCAUUUGCACUGGGGUCUCCCAAUGUGGUGUGGGAAGUGUCGCCGACAUGGGAACACUGAGACACGCGUCUCGCACGGGCAGUCUAAGCGGCAUCAGUGACUUGGAUCUCGGUGGGACAGCAAUGCUUUCAUCUGCACAUCUGAGUGACAUCACUGCUGCUGGCCAGCUAGGUCUGGCUGCUGCUGGCGUCGGCGGCUGCGUGUCCGUUAUUGGCAUUGGAGAUUUCCCUAAUGUAGGCGGCAUGGGUGCCAUCAGUAGUGUGGGCAGCAUGGGCGUGAUUGGUGUGCCGGCCAGGACGCUGAUGGACAAGUCGGGGCUUCACUCGGUUUCCACACACCAACCUCUGCAGGUGAUGCCUGGCGCGGGUGUUGCUGCCCGACCCACACUCCCCAAUUAACACCAGGCACUUGGAACACUAGGUUAUGAGGCUUCAAAUAGGCGUGGACACUUCAAUUUCUAACACUGCCAGAGCUACCAUGCUCUCAUCCUACGCGUUUCUCCUAAAAACGGUUAAGAAUUCCUUUCCCUAUCUGUGUCACGAUGAAAUAGACGAGUGAAAAGACAGGUUCUAUGCCCUCACGCUGGCAGGAUCGGUCAGGAGGUGACUGGACAUUUGUUCUUGGAGUGAUGGCACCUGCGCGCGUCAGCCUGGUGCAACAUCUCUGCCGACAAGUCUUUCAUAAAGACUGGCAAUGAUGAACACCACUGUCUUCCCUACCAGUUACUUUCAUAUUGCCUCAUACAUUACCAUGAACUUCGACAUACAUUUUGAUUCAAUAGUAUUAUAUAGCGCAUCACAAGAAAACUCAAUUUGACGUGUCGUGAGUGACUGAAACAACAGCAAGUUAAUCACCGUAGAAACUCCUCCAUCACCUUUACGAUUGUUUUGUUAAACUAAUUACCUAGAAUUUUGUGUUCGGAUUUUUGUCAAGUACUACAAAGUUGUGUGGUUUACCUCUUAAUUGGGAUCCGUUGUGGCUGCCUGGGACUGAAGGUGUCACCGCAGGGACAAGAGGAGGCGGCUUCCAGCGGCCCGAGGGAUCUUUCGCUGCCAGCACUGUCGACACCUACCUGGAGAUAUCACUUUACAGCGGCCUUUACUCAAAUGGUAUAUUGUGUUUUCUGUAAGUGUAUGUUAUUGCUAGGCACAGACGUAUACAUUUUGCAUUUAGACAUUUCUGAGUAAUGUUAGUGGUAAGUAGAGUUUAUGAGUAGAAUAUGGCUAAGAGGACAUAAAAACCUGCAUACUUCAUCCCUCAUAUUUUGAUACCAUACGAGUAUAGCUAUCAAAUCAAAAGGUAUUUUCAUAAACACUCCUAUACUAUAAUAAUGACAUAUAAACAGUAAGCUCGGGCAUCUGCGCCGAGUGUCACUCUGUACACAUUGUUUCUGUUGGUGUUCUUUCGUAGCACUUGUAAUAUGUAUGGAGACUAUCACAAUAUAUUAUAAUUUGAACAUGCAACAGACUAAAUAAAAAAAGACAAAACUGUGAACUUUUAAUCUA